CGUGUUUGUUUGACAUUUGAACAGCCUCCCCUGUUCAAGAAUGUAAACAUAUUGAUUAAUUUCAUAUUUACCUAUUGAUUUGUAUCAAAACCGCGUACAACCAUGGACCAGGAAACAGCGAAGCAACUUCUGCUCGACGGAGGAACGUUCGUGUUCCUUGGAGUCCCUCAGGAGACGGAGUUUGGCAUCGAUAUGCAAUGCUGGAACACUGAUGAAGACUUUCGAGGCAUCAAGAUGAUUCCACCUGGACUUCAUUACAUCCAUUACUCGGCUAAGAACACGAAGACUGGAGAUGUCGCACCGAGGUCUGGAUUCAUGCACUUUUUUGAGAAGAAGCAGUUUCUGGUGAAAAUGUGGGAUAAAAGUACAGAGGACAUGAGUACUGAAGAGAUUAGCGAGGAGAGUGUCCAGCGCCUGAAGGACAACCUGUUCAACCUGGACCGGCACCUCGGCCCGUACCCGUAUGACAUCUGGCAGAAGUGGAAGCUGCUGUGUUCUCAAAUCACAGCUGAACUAGCAGCCAAAUUAUCACCAAAGAACGGCAUAAUCCGAGCAUCACUAGAACUGAUGUCCAUGACGGAUGAAGAGAGGCCUCGCGGUGUGAAGUCAGGAUCACAGGACUCUGAGACAACGGACCAGGAGCCCAAAGCCACUGAGGAGUCUACCAGUAAAGAGCCAGAUGAGGCCGGUGAUGAUGCGGUGCCGGGACAGUCAGAAGCCAAGAAACCGAAGCUCAGGGUCACUCAGGAGGACAGGGAAAAUGCUAUGCUGCCAGAUUUAAAAGCUGUUCCUGGCACGUCCCUCCGGUUCACGGCGAUCCCCCGCGAGCGGUUCCCGGCGGGCGCGGCGCCCGGUGACGUCACCAAGCACAGCCUGGACCAGUCCUACACGCUCGAGCUCAUGAUCGCGCAGCAGGACGAGCCUCUCCACAUAAUCGGCGAGCUUCAGUUCGCGUACCUGUGCUUCCUCAUCGGGCACUCCCUCGAAGCCUUCGAGCACUGGAAGUCGCUGGUCAUCCUCCUCUGUUCCUGCGACGAUGCCAUCCACAAGUACCGCUCGCUAUUCUUCCACUUCAUCAGAACCAUCGAGGUCCAAAUCGACGAAAUGCCCGAGGAAUUCCUAGCUGAUAUCGUCAUGAACAAAAACCUAGUUUAUAAGAAGCUGAGGGAAUUCUUCCGUACAGCUUAUGUGAGUAAAGUGGAUGGGAGGUUGUUGACUAUGAUCGAGAGGUUCAAAGACAAUCUGACGGAUAAGCUGCAGUGGGAUUUCACGGGUUUGGACGUGGAUGAGGAGGAUGAGAGACCGGUGGUCGUCAAUUUGGAUGAGGCGGAAUAGGUUUUAAGUUUCUCUUUUGUGUACUGUGUACACUAUUGUAGGUAUGAUUUACUUUUAUCCUUCUUACUAGUAACGGCUAUGAUUGGUUUAAAACUAUGAUAAAACAUAAACUAGUGCCCCGAAAGUCGAUUGCACCAUUUAAUGUUAUACAUGCCAAAAAAAAGUUAUAAUAAUACAAAAAAUAUAAUACACCAUUGAUAUAUCUUAGCCCAGUCUUCUGAAAGCUUUUGCGCUUUCAGUUUUUUACUAGUGUGGGGGAUAGCUUUUAAGAUAAAUGUUGUGUACUAGAUGAAAAACAUGUUUAAUGCUUGUUUAAACUGUGGCUAAAUAUUUUACCUGAGGAAAUUUGACUAGUUUUUGAACCAGCAUUAAACUUGAUUUAUUUAUUGAUCAUAAUUACUUAAUUCCAUUAAAC